CGCGGUCGCGGGGCGGGGCGGCGGGCGGCCAAUGGGAGGCGGCGCCGGCCCGUCCGUCAAGGCGGCGCGGGCCAAUGGGAGGCGGGCUGCGGGGGCGACCCAGCCGGAGACAGCGGCCUCGGGCCGAGGAUCCCGGGCGGGCGGCGGGCGGCGCAGCAGCGGGAGGCGGCCGGGCGGCCGGGCGCCGACAGACGCGGGAGCAGGCCCGGCGGUCGCGGCGCCGCAGCAGCACCGAGCAGGGCCCGCAGCACCGCGCAGCGCCCCGGGCCCGCCGCCAUGGGCAACGCCGCCGCCGCCAAGAAGGGCAGCGAGCAGGAGAGCGUCAAAGAGUUCCUAGCCAAAGCCAAGGAGGACUUUCUGAAAAAAUGGGAGUCCCCUGCUCAGAACACAGCCUUCCUGGAUCAGUUUGACCGGAUCAAGACCCUGGGCACUGGCUCCUUCGGCCGCGUCAUGCUGGUGAAGCACAAGGAGACGGGGAACCAUUACGCCAUGAAAAUCCUGGACAAGCAGAAGGUGGUGAAGCUGAAGCAGAUCGAGCACACGCUGAAUGAGAAGCGGAUCCUGCAGGCUGUCAGCUUCCCGUUCCUCGUCAAACUCGAGUUCUCCUUCAAGGACAAUUCUAACCUGUACAUGGUGAUGGAGUACGUGCCCGGCGGGGAGAUGUUCUCACACCUGCGGAGGAUCGGACGGUUCAGCGAGCCCCACGCCCGCUUCUACGCGGCCCAGAUCGUGCUGACCUUCGAGUACCUGCACUCCCUGGACCUCAUCUACCGCGACCUCAAGCCCGAGAACCUGCUCAUAGACCAGCAGGGCUAUAUCCAGGUGACAGACUUCGGGUUCGCCAAGCGAGUGAAGGGCCGUACCUGGACUCUGUGUGGGACCCCUGAGUACCUGGCGCCCGAGAUCAUCCUGAGCAAAGGCUACAACAAGGCGGUGGACUGGUGGGCCCUGGGGGUGCUCAUCUACGAGAUGGCGGCCGGGUACCCCCCCUUCUUCGCCGACCAGCCCAUCCAGAUCUACGAGAAGAUCGUCUCUGGGAAGGUGAGGUUCCCGUCCCACUUCAGCUCGGAUCUAAAGGACCUGCUUCGGAACCUGCUCCAGGUGGACCUUACCAAGCGCUUCGGGAACCUUAAGAACGGGGUGAAUGACAUCAAGACCCACAAGUGGUUCGCCACCACCGACUGGAUCGCCAUCUACCAGAGAAAGGUCGAGGCGCCCUUCAUACCAAAGUUCAAAGGCCCCGGAGACACAAGUAACUUCGAUGACUAUGAGGAGGAAGAGAUCCGGGUGUCCAUCAGCGAGAAGUGUGGCAAGGAGUUCUCCGAGUUUUAGGGCUGCGCCGGGCACCCCCCCUGUGGCUUUUCUCUCUCUGUCUCUCUCCCCCCCCCACACCCCCCCCUUCGGUGGGGCAGCGGGCGGACGGGUUGGGAGGGUCGGACCAGACAGCCAGAGGGCCCAGAAUCCCCCACAUCUAAUUCCGCGCCCCACACACCCCACUUCCCUGCCUGACACCCCACCCUCCCAGGGAAGACGGGAGCAAGGCCCCCAGGUUCUGGGACAGAGAUGGAAAUACCAGCUCCUCUUCCCCCUUCGCCCGGACACUUUUGUUUGUUUGUUUGUUUGUCUAUUUUGUUUUUUGCCUUUCCUCUCCCUUCUGCCCCCCCAGCCCCCCUAUAUCCCGUUUUAAAUGAGUUUUCAACCCCCUCCAGUCAGAACUGGCUCCCUCACGUGGGGAGGUGGGGUACAAGGGGGAGAGGGGAGAGGGUUCCAGAGUUCUCUCUCGACCACCCCCCAUCCUCACUGACCCUGCUGCUCCCCCCCCAGAAUCAGAACCCCAGGUCCCCAGCGGGCAAAGGACAAGGGAAAGAGGUUUUAGUGCUUUGUUACCCAGGGGACGCCCCCCCACACAGCCCCCACCCCCACCCCCCAUUUUUUUUUCUUUUUUCAAGACUAUUUACAAUCUUAUUUAAUACGUUUCACCAGUGCCUGCCUGCCUCCCCCCUCCCACUCGCUGUACCCCACCCCCCAAAUCCAUUUUACCAAGGCUGGGGGUGGAGGCAGACAAACAGCGGACUGUCUUGGGGAAGGAAGAGACUGGGGUGUCCUCCCCAACCUGCACCCCAAGGUGCCCCUGCCUCCUGACCACCCCCAUCAACACCCAAGAAGGGGGUAAGCGGUGCCCCCCCUUCCAGCCUGGAAAGUUCUGGGCUUCUGCAGAACACAGCUGUCCCCUCCUCUGCCCCCCCCCCACAUAAGCCGUGGCUUAGAGGUGCAGCCGCACCCCCCAAAAAAAAAAAAAACCUCUUAAAUUUUAUUAUCAGCUUGAUUUUAUUAUCAGCUUGAUUUUAUGCCUGGCCUGACACCCCCCACCCCCCCAGCCCCCUGGGGAAGGCGGACCCCCCCAUAUAGAGACUUGGCCUGGGGUUCAAGGCCAGAGUUGCUGGGGUGAGGGGUACUGGGGGGUGGCUGUUUGAUUCACCCGCUGCCCCCCCAUCAGCUGUCAUCACCACGGCCUGGGCCCCCCCAGCCCCACCCCACCUGCUCUCUGGUCUGUGCUUGUCUCUCUCCCCAUAGCAAAGUGGGGGGCCGCCCCACCCCCCACAUCUGCCCUCUGUACCCACACCCCAUUCCCCGGGCCAGGGGGGGCUCUCAGGCC